AUGGCUGCUCUCUCAACUUUUCAUUCAUUGCUCAGCAAGAACAGUUCAACCCAACAAUCUAAUUUCAAGACCAAUCCAAGAUUUCUCAUCUCUGUAUCUUGUCAAACCCACAAAACCAUUGAUUCAAAAGCAAAGAAAGAGAAAGAAAAGGAAAACAAGGGUCUCUUGCAGCUUUUUGGGGAUGUUGGGAAGGCUGGGAAGGAGCUGAAGGAUAGUUUGAGUCCAAAACAGAAGGGUGACUGGAAGGAUUUGAUGUUGAUGAGUUUAUCUUUUGCUGUGUAUGUGUAUAUAUCUCAAAAGCUUGUUUGUGCUUACUGUGUUUGGAUGUCUCUGUCCAAACAAUCCUGGUAG